AUGAAACAAUUGAGUGUAGCUUUCUUUGUUCUUCUUUUGAUUCAAAACUAUGGGAUUUUGCUACAUGCAGACCCAAAUGAUGGGUUUGUGACAACCAAAGGAAUGCAGCUUAUGUUAAAUGGGAGACCCCACCAUGCAAAUGGGUUUAAUGCCUACUGGAUGAUGUACGUGGCCUUUGACCCAUCUCAGAGAGAGAAAGUUUCAACUGCCUUCCAAGAUGCUAAAAAAAAUGGCCUUACAAUUGCAAGAACUUGGGCUUUUAGUGAUGGAGGAGUUAGACCCCUGCAAUCCUCUCCCGGCUCCUACAAUGAGCAAAUGUUCCAGGGGUUGGAUUUUGUCAUAUCUGAAGCUAAAAAAUAUGGGAUUAAGUUAGUGUUAAGUUUGGUUAAUAACUAUGCGGACUUUGGAGGAAAGAAACAGUAUGUGGACUGGGCAAGGGGUCAGGGCCAAUCUGUAACAUCUGAUGAUGAUUUCUUCACCAAUUCUGUUGUGAAGGGAUACUACAAGAAUAAUAUCAAGACUGUUCUUACAAGACGUAAUAGUCUGACUGGAAUUGCUUACAAAGAUGAUCCAACCAUAAUGGCCUGGGAGCUUAUCAAUGAGCCCAAGUGCCCUUCGGAUAUAUCAGGAAAGACCAUUCAGGCCUGGAUUACAGAGAUGGCACCCUACCUGAAAUCCAUAGAUGGAAAACACUUGCUAGAAGUUGGUCUGGAAGGGUUUUAUGGAGCAUCAAAGCAGCGAUCGAAUCCUAAUAAUAUUCAAGUAGGGACAGAUUUCAUCACAAAUAAUCAAAUCCCUGGCAUUGACUUUGCCACAGUUCACGCAUACCCUGAUCAAUGGUUGCCUGGCUCAAGUGAUGAAAGCCAACUCUCAUUUUUGAUCAGUUGGCUUAAUGAUCAUAUUCAAGAUGCACAGAAUAUCAUUCACAAGCCAGUUCUCUUUGCUGAGUUUGGAAAAUCUUUGAAGUCAUCUGGUAUUGCACAAAGGGACCAGCUUUUCAAAACAGUUUACUCAACAGUCUAUUUAUCUGCUAGUUGUGGAGGUGCAGCCGUUGGCAGCUUGUUCUGGCAACUUCUAGCUGCAGGAAUGGACGCUACCCGAGAUGGGUAUGAAGUAAUCCUCAGUGAGAAUUCCUCAACAGCUAUUUUGAUUGCUCAAGAGUCUCAAAAGCUUAGUAGGAUUUGA